AUGGUGUACGUCGAGCCCUCAGCCAUGGACUCUGAAAAGCAUCAGGUGCAAAUGAGCGACGAUGUCAAACAGCACUCGCUCAGCGCGGGUGGGGAUUAUGGCGAAGACCAGAAGCUCACCAGACGGAUUCUGUUCAAGCUAGACACAAGAAUCCUGCCCAUUCUAGCAUUACUCUUUCUCUGCUCGUUCCUCGACCGGACCAAUGUCGGUAACGCAAAAAUUCUCGGCCUCGAAGAAGACCUCAAAAUUACAAAUCAUCAGUACGACAUCGGUUUGACCAUCUACUAUCUCUUCUAUAUUCUGAGCGAGGUUCCAAGCAACCUAGUCAUCAAAAAGGUAUCACCGAAGAUAUGGCUACCAACACUCACUGCAGUCUGGGGUAUUAUUACCAUGUGUCUAGGGUUUGUGCGUAAUUUUGCGAGCUUCGCUGCGGUUCGCGCUCUGUUGGGAGUUGCAGAAGGCGGAUUGCUUCCUGGAAUGGUGCUGUAUCUUUCAUCCUUUUAUAGACGAGGCGACUUGGCUCUGAGGAUUGGUCUCUUCUAUACUGCCGCUUCGCUCUCUGGCGCAUUCGGCGGCCUUCUAGCCCGCGGUUUGAACGAAAUUGGUCCCAGAGGCGGACUAGAGGGAUGGCGCUGGAUUAUGAUUAUUGAAGGUCUAUUGACAUUCGUAUGCGCAAUCAUCAGCUAUUAUGUCCUCCCAAAUAGCCUCGAAACAACGCCAUUUCUGACCGAGGCGGAACGCAGCUAUGCUCGUGAGCGAAUCAGACUUGAGAACCCCCAUAUACAAGAGGCAAUCCCGGCCGAAGCAGAAAGUCUGGCUUGGUCGGAAGUCCGAAGAGGGCUUCUAGAGCCCCAAAUGUGGUUAUCGGCAACGGCAUACUUCGCUAUCCUAUCGGGCCUAUACUCAUUCGGUUUAUUCUUGCCAACCAUCAUUGACGAGAGCGGAUUUGCCAGCGACGCGAACCAAACCCAACUGUGGACUGUGAUACCGUACGCUGUCGCUGCUGUGCUAACGGUAUUCGUCUCCUUCCUCUCCGACCGCCUGAAACUUAGAGGUGUCGUCAUGUUAUUCUCUCUUCCCCUCGCUAUUGCUGGAUACGGCGCUAUCGCAAACAUUCAAUCGCCACAGGCAAAGUAUGGCAUGACAUUCCUCAUGGCUACAGGGAUGUACGCCAGUGUCCCGUGUAUUCUCGUCUGGAACUCUAACAACUCGGCGGGACAUUAUAAACGCGCUACCACAUCAGGGAUGCAGCUUGCUAUCGCGAACGCGGGAGGAUUUGUAGCGACUUUCAUCUAUCCCAACACAGAUAAGCCACAGUUUCACCGCGGUCACACGGUCGUUUUGGGCUUGUUGGUCUUUGCGUGGUUUAUGAUCCUACUCAAUGUUUUGUACUGUGCCAAGAUAAACAGAGACAAGAAGAAUGGCAAAUACGACAACUACGCUGGGUACAACGAUGACCGCGACCCCAAGUUCAUGAUGGUCCUGUGA